GUCGAGGUUUCUGCGCGUCUCAGUGUCCUAGAACAUCUCAGUUACCGACUAGAGAAGGACUUUGUGCCGACUGUCAAGAAAGGAGGCAACACAUCUUCUCCUCGGUCAUCAGCUUCGACGAUGAUGAACUAUUCUGCUACUAGUAGAGAUGGACCACAGGUAAACAUGGGA